GCCAAUCACACAAAAAUCACUUCCUGGAUGUCGCGAUUUUUCCUCGGAAACCUUUGCAGCCUCUUCCCGAUGACUACACGCUGUUAAGUGUCAUUCCAGGAACUCGACACAUUACGACCCAUCGCUACUUUACUAGACUCAAAAAUCCCCGAUGGAUUGUUUGUGUCUGGGUAAAUUCGUUUGGCUGCAUGUUAAAGCUUCUUCAGCUUUUUUUUAGCUUAGCUUGUUAGCCGCUAACAAAGAGGCGUUUGUUUUCCACAAGUCGCUAAGUAGUGUAAAGUGUUGUGAAUAUCGAGUGUAAAUGUGUGCAAAAAGUGCAAAAGACGAAUUCAGAGAGGAACUUUCUGGGAUAAAAGAGAAGAACGAGCGACAACGUCAUCGACUGGACGCUGUUUUCAAGAAGCCUCAAGUUUUAUUACACAAAUCAGACGCCACUGAAGGAGUUCUUCAUCUUGACAUGCAGGAGGUAGAGCCGCUUAAUGUGAAAGAGGAAGAGGAGGAGGCUGAGAUCACCAAGUUUCCAUUGACUGUCAUUGUGAAGAGUGAAGAUGAUGAUUACGACGAAGAAGGUGACAGAGACAACUGUGAAGGGCCACAAGCAGAGAGCCUCUUAGCUCCACUAUCAGAAAUUGACGACAUUUCGUCAUACUCCCCUGACACUGAUGAUGAUGAUGAUGAUGAUGAUGAAGAUUCUCAAGGUGAUAAGACAAGUCACAUGGACAAGAAGCAUGUGAAAUGCAUGCAGUGUGGGAAAACCUUUAGUUCAAAGUGGAAUUUGAAGGUUCACCUGAGGAGUCAUCAAGGAGAGAAACCGUUCACCUGCUCCGAUUGCGGUAAAAGAUUUACGAAUAAGGGAAAUUUGAACGUGCACACAAGAAUACACAAUGGGGAAAAACCCUUUUCCUGCUCAGUGUGUGGUCUGAGAGUAACUCAAAAGAGUGGUUUAACAACUCAUAUGAGAAUACACACUGGGGAGAAACCGUUUACCUGCUCGGUGUGCGGGAAAAGCUUCUCCAUCAAGGGUCAUUUAAGAAGGCACACCAGGACACACACUGGAGAGAGGCCCUUUGCCUGCUUGGUUUGUGGCAAACGGUUCUCUAUCAAGGGGCAUUUAAGAACGCACACCAGCAUACACACGGGUGAAAAACCUUUUGCCUGCUCCAUCUGCACCUUCAGUUUCAGUGAGCGCUCAAAAUUGGCCAAACACAUGAGAACACACUCUGGAGAAAAACCCUUUUCCUGCUUAGUUUGUGGGAAGAGAUUCUCCGCUAAGACGAGUUUAGUAAGACACGCAAGACUCCACAGUGGAGGCAACCCCGUCGCCUGCUCAGUGUGCAACUUAAGUUUCAGCGAUAAGUCUGGAUUGACUGAGCACAAGAGAAUGCACACCGGAGAGAAGCACUUUUGCUGCUCGGUGUGCGGUAAAAGAUUCACUCAAAGAGUGCACUUGACAUCCCACACAAGAAUACACACUGGCGAGAAGCCGUUCGGUUGUAGCGUGUGUGAGAGAACGUUCUCCCGUAAGGAUCAGGUUAAGAGACACAAGUGUGCUGGUGAGAAGAGCAGCGGCCACUGAAGCUGUGAUGAAACAAAGUGGACAAGUUAUCCCGAAUCAAAUGCAAGAUUAUAUUUUGUGAAGUCAUUUUGUGAGAUAGUUAUGUAUUUUUACUUAUGACAAACAUUCCUCACAGGCAUGAGUGAAUAUCAUUUUCCAUCUUUUAGUGUGUCCACUCACUCGCUUGCUCUGUAAUCUUCAAUAGUAAUACAAUUUUGGAGGUUGCAUCCAUCCAUAACCUGAUCUGCUUAUCGUCACGAGGUUCAGGGUUGGGUUGGAGCCUCUCCCAGCCGUCUUCGGGCAGUAGGUGGGCUACGCCCUCAACAAGUUACCAGCCAAUCGCAUCGCA